GCCGGUGCUCGGGCGCAGUGGGGCUGGCUCCGUGUUUGCGGAAUGAGUGAAUCAUUACUCUCCUUGUCCCCUCCGGAGGAGGACUUUUUGAGGUCCACGUGGGGCCUGCUGAGAUGGGGCUCCCUUCUCCCGCAUAGUAGACACCCGACUCUCAUCUCUCCACCUCUCUACCUACGCUCUAUGCUGGGGGAGGCUCCCUUCAGGUUGGGGCUUGGGGAUGGUGGGGAAGGAGGGAGCUUGUAGGCCCACCCAGGUACUUGUGCAAGUGUGACAGGCAAGGGACUCCCGCGCGGCCUCUUAGAAGGUAACAGGGGAGGGGGGGUGCUGUGGAGGAGAGCACCCACUGUCAGGCAGGGGCCACUUGGCACCUCUGAGACCGGCCUGGAAGGGCCACCAAGUAUGGAUGCUGACUGGAAAGCUACUGAACUCCAAGUCUCUGUUUCUUCAUCUGUAAAAUGGGAAUAUUAGUAUCCAUUCCUCAGGGCUCUGUGCAGAUUAAGAAAAAUGUCAUAUGAAAUCACCCAGCACAAUGCUUGGCACAUUGGGAGCAUUCAGCAAAUCUUAGUUUUCUUUCCUUCCUCUCUGAAAAAAGUGAGCAGAGAAUUAUUUGUUCCCAUUGCCUCUGUCCCCAGAUUGGUCACAGACGGACACAGCGCAUGUGUAAUCACUGUUUGUUAAAUGAACAUGCUUGAUGGAGCUUUGUCGCCCCACCCCCUUUCUCUCAGGAUCCGCAGGCAGAGCUCAGGAUCUGGGAUCUGACCAGCACAGACAUGCCGGUGCUGUCCGAGGACUCCGGUCUGCAUGAGACCCUGGCAUUGCUGACCUCUCAGCUCAGACCUGACUCCAACCACAAGGAAGAGAUGGGCUUCCUAAGGGAUGUUUUCAGUGAAAAAAGUCUCAGUUACCUAAUGAAGAUUCACGAGAAGCUUCGCUAUUACGAGAGACAGAAUCCAACCCCUGUUCUGCACAGCGCUGUGGCCCUCGCCGAGGAUGUGAUGGAGGAGCUGCAGGCCGCCUCCGUGCAUGGUGACGAGAGGGAGCUGCUCCAGCUGCUGUCCACCCCCCACCUCAGGGCCAUGCUCAUGGUCCACGACACGGUUGCCCAGAAGAAUUUUGACCCUGUCCUCCCCCCUCUGCCUGAUAAUAUUGACGAGGAUUUUGAGGAAGAAUCGGUGAAGAUUGUCCGCCUGGUGAAGAACAAGGAACCCCUGGGCGCCACCAUCCGGCGGGAUGAGCACUCAGGGGCUGUUGUGGUGGCCAGGAUCAUGCGAGGGGGCGCAGCAGACCGGAGCGGCCUGGUCCACGUUGGAGACGAGCUCCGAGAAGUGAACGGGAUUGCGGUCCUGCACAAGCGGCCAGAUGAGAUCAGCCAGAUUCUGGCCCAGUCCCAGGGAUCCAUCACCCUGAAAAUCAUCCCAGCCACCCAGGAGGAGGACCACUUAGAGGAGAGCAAGGUGUUCAUGCGGGCCCUCUUCCACUACAACCCUCGGGAGGACCGGGCCAUUCCCUGCCAGGAGGCUGGCCUGCCUUUCCAGCGCAGGCAGGUCCUGGAGGUGGUGAGCCAGGACGACCCCACAUGGUGGCAGGCCAAGCGAGUUGGAGACACCAACCUUCGAGCUGGCCUUAUUCCCUCCAAGCAGUUCCAGGAAAGGCGACUAAGCUACCGGAGAGCCACAGGCACCCUGCCAAGCCCCCAGAGCCUCAAGAAGCCCCCCUAUGAUCAGCCUUGUGACAAAGAGACCUGUGACUGUGAGGGGUACCUCAGAGGGCACUAUGUGGCUGGUCUUCGGAGGAGCUUCCGGCUGGGCCGCAGGGAGAGACUGGGAAGCCCGCAGGAAGGAAAGGUGUCCUCGGUAGCUGAGUCUCCAGAGCUGCUGACCUACGAGGAGGUGACCAGAUACCAGCACCAGCCCGGCGAGCGGCCCCGCCUGGUGGUUCUGAUCGGGUCUCUGGGAGCCCGACUGCACGAGCUGAAGCAGAAGGUGGUGGCAGAGAACCCACAGCACUUUGGUGUUGCCGUUCCACAUACUACCAGGCCUCGAAAGAGCCAUGAGAAGGAGGGGGUGGAAUAUCACUUCGUCUCGAAGCAAGCAUUUGAGGCUGGCUUACAUCACAACAAGUUCCUGGAGCAUGGAGAAUAUAAGGAAAAUCUCUAUGGAACCAGCCUGGACGCCAUUCAGGCUGUGAUGGCCAAAAACAAAGUUUGUUUGGUGGACGUGGAGCCAGACGCACUGCCACAACUGAGGACCUCAGAGUUCAAGCCUUAUGUUGUAUUUGUAAAGCCUGCAAUUCAGGAAAAAAGGAAGACGCCACCCAUGUCCCCAGCUUGUGAGGACACAGCAGCCCUACUUGAUGAGGAGCAGCACGAGAUGGCCGCCUCCGCCGCCUUCAUAGACCAGCAUUAUGGGCACCUUGUGGACGCCGUGCUGGUGAAGGAGGAUCUCCAGAGUGCACACAGCCAGCUCCGAGUGCUCUUAGAGAAGCUGAGCAAGGACACUCACUGGGUACCUAUUAGUUGGGUCAGGUAACUGCAUCCUAGACCAGGUUGGAGGGGGCCUGGAAGACCACCUAGUCCGGCCUCCCCCAUGUUACCGUGAAGGAAUCUCAAGCAUGCAGAGGGGCAGCAUUUUCCAUAAACUCCGUCCUCAAGAAGAGUA